AUGUCCUCUUUCUUUUUCUCCACACCCGUCGAUAUCGACAUCUUGCUAGAAGACGGCGAUGAGCGGGAAACGGUCGACAUCAAGCUCGAGAAGAACCGGCGGGAGAAGGCUCCGUUGUACCUUGACGGGGAGUCAGUGAAGGGUGCUGUCACAGUCAGGCCAAAGGAUGGCAAACGACUGGAGCAUACAGGCAUCAAGGUGCAGUUCAUCGGCAUGAUUGAGAUGCUCUAUGAUCGUGGCAAUCACUACGAAUUCCUCUCCCUGGGCCAAGAACUGGCUGCUCCUGGAGAACUACAGCACCCGCAGACAUUCCCAUUCAACUUCAAAAAUGUCGAGAAGCAGUACGAGUCUUACAACGGAAUCAACGUCAAGCUGCGGUAUUUUGUCAGAGUAACGGUCUCCCGUCGGAUUGCGGAUGUUGUGCGCGAGAAGGACAUCUGGGUAUAUUCGUACAGAUUGCCGCCGGAGUCCAACAAUCCAAUUAAAAUGGACGUCGGGAUUGAGGACUGUCUACAUAUUGAAUUCGAGUAUUCGAAGUCAAAAUAUCACUUGAGGGACGUGAUAGUGGGAAGAAUAUACUUUUUGCUCGUUCGGUUGAAAAUUAAGCACAUGGAGUUGUCUAUUAUAAGACGAGAGACUACAGGAUCCCCGCCGAAUCAGUAUAACGAAAGCGAGACGCUGGUAAGAUUUGAGGUAUGUGAUCCCUUUAUUCAUUAUUUCUAUACUCUAUACAGCGGUUUUGUUGACUAUUUCUUGGCUCAGAUUAUGGAUGGUUCUCCAUCAAGAGGUGGAUUUGAUCUAACUCCCACCUUCCGAGAUGUGAACAAGAAAUACUCAACGAGGUAUUAUCUCAGCCUUGUAUUAAUCGACGAAGACGCCCGUCGAUAUUUUAAACAAUCGGAGAUUGUCCUCUUCCGUCAAUCUCCAGAAAUGGCGGCUGCUGCACAACUUGAAAACCAACCGCAUGAUGGACAACAUGCAGUGCCCCCACCGGAACGCAAACAAGCCGUACGUCAUAGCGAGGAUGAGGAAGACGGCUUGCAAAGCUCGCACCAUGCAUCGCCCCCAUCCCAACUUGCACCUGAACCUGCAUCUGCACCUGCAUCCACUAUGCCGACAUAG